CGCGGGCUUCCGUCGCCCCGCACCUCGCUCGUGACGUCACGGCCUGCACCCUCCUCCUCCCUCUCGAGCAGCCAUGGCGGAGUCAGAAGAAGUGAAGAGGCUGCCCAAAGUACCUGAGAACCUGCUGAAGAAGCGGAAAGCUUACCAGGCCAUCAAGGAAACGCAGAAGAAGCGCAAUUUACAACAGAGGAAGGGCUCGAAGACCGAGCGCAAGAUCAAGUUUAAGCGCGCGGAGCAGUUUCUGCGCGACAGCCGCAAAAGGGAGCGCGACGAUGUGCGUCUGCAGCGACUGGAGUGCAAGCCUGGGCCCCACCUCACGCCGCCCGCAGAGCCGCGGCUCAUCUUCGCCGUGCGCGUGCGCAGUUGCAACGCAUGCAGCUAUAAGGCAAAGCGCUGCCUGCAAUUGCUGCGUCUGUGCCGCAUCUUCUCGGGCGUUUUCAUCAAACUUGGCAAGACGUCGCUGCACAUGCUGCGCGAGGUGGAGCCCUUCAUCGCGUGGGGGUACCCAAACCUAAAGUCUGUGCGUGAGCUGAUCUUGAAGCGGGGACAGACCAAGGUGAACGGAAAGUUGUGCCCUCUCACCGACAACGCCAUGAUUGAGGACUGCCUGGGCAAGCAUGGCAUGGUGUGCCUGGAGGACGUGAUCCACGAGAUCUUCACGCUUGGCAAGAAUUUCCGAACGGCCGCCUUCUUCCUGCAGCCCAUGAUGCUGUCGGUGGCGCGCCACUCGCGGCUCAGCAAGGGCGGCCAGGAGUCCGAAACCGGCCCCACGGGUGACCGCGGGGAUGACAUCAACCAGCUCAUCCGCCAGCUUAAUUAAGAGGCUUCACCACAAGGAGAGGGGAAGAGGUUUUCGUUGCGAGUUAUCACCUUGCAGCAGUAUUGGUGGACCCUUUAGUAAACGGAAGAUUGUUUACCGGACAAUCUGUGCCUGCUGGUUAUUGUCUCAUUCUGCACCUGAGUUUUGCUGUGUGUCGCUUGAACGGAAACAUUCUUUGUGUAGCUGUAUUCUGAAAAUUAAUUUUCAGCAAAUAGCACCACGUUUUAUGUGCAACAGUCCAAACCCAGCAAUGCACACACCACCACCAUAACCGUUGAAACAUAUCUUGACAAAUCACACGUGUAGCCUCGGUGUUGAGGAAAAUGCUGUUCGCUUGCACGGCGCACAAGGGGAUGAUGGUGUGGCCAGCACAACGCCUGGCCGCCUUGACUCCCCAGCACUGAUACACGUCGGGUAUACAUGUUGAGGAUGAUGUGACCAAAGGGGAGGCCAGUUAACAUUUCAGAUAUCACUCGGCCACCUGUUCGCUGUGGUGGGUAAACGAACUUAGGCCACCAGGUUCAUAGCGCAGCAUGGGAACAUACACCAGUUCUCCCAACACACCGCAUAUGCAAAUUAAAACCGAUUAUUACAUGAUUAAAUGCAUGUACUGCGAGUAAGAUUCAACUUUAUAGACGUAUUGAUGAAUCGUUAAAUGUCUAUUGCCCACCAUCUCAUCUAAGUGAUGACCUAAAGACCUAAUUGCAUCGUGAAGCAAUUAGAUUGAACAAGACAAUGUAAAAGGGUUUUUAAUUGGUGUAAAGGUUCAACCAGUCGAUGUCUGUUUGAAAAGCACGGGCCAAAUAAACAUGACCAUCAGAACUAGCAGGCUUAUUGCAAAUUGUAUUUUUGUAAUUAGUAAUAUGUAUUUCCUAUUUUUAAGUUUUCUUUUUGUAAUAACUGCCAGUAGUAAACUCGUACUGAAAAACAUGGUUAACCCUGUACCUCGGUUGAUGGACAUUGCUUAAAAGCUUUGCUCAUUCUUUCGCCGAGUUGACGGUAUUGUUUUUUUUUGUUGGUCUCAUUGUUCCUGUACAUUAUCACUGGCAACAAAGACAACUUUCAAACUA